UUCCCUCUAUCGGAAUUUCAGGCUGAUCCAUGCGUGGAUUUCUUCGAGUUCACAUGUGGGAACUGGAUUAAGGCGCAUCCGAUCCCCAGCCACAAGACCAGCUACUCUCAAUUUGGAAUGCUCUCAGAUAAAGUUCAAGAACAGAUGAGAGACGUAUUUGAGUCGCCAGAGAUCUUCCCUUCAAAAGCCAUGAACGCCCUGAAGUCCAUGUACCACAAAUGUAUGGACAAAAAGGAGCUAAACAGGAUCGGGUCCAAGCGGUUGCUACAGACCAUUAGGAACUACGGUGUGUGGCCUAUGGUGGAUGGGGACGACAAAUGGCGAGUGGAAAAAUUUGAUUUGACUUCGUUGAUGAUUCACGUUAGUGAAGUGAGAGGACUCGACGUCUUCAUUGCCAACUAUGUCUCGCUCGACAAUAAAAACGUCUCAAGAAGGCUUAUCGAGUUCGAUCAAGCAGAUCUCGGUCUCGGAGAAUACACACGUGACUACUACUUGGACCGGGCUAAGCAUGGCAAAAAAAUCGAGGCAUACAAGCAGUUUCUUAUAGGCAAGGUGAAACUAAUUAACGAAUACGCCAAUCUCCCGAGUAACCUUGAAAAAAUUGCGAAGGAUGUAGACGAGAUCAUCGAAUUUGAGACAAAGAUUGCAAAAAUCAUGGUGGCUGAAGAGGAUCGCAGAGACUACAGUAAAAUGUACAACAUCCGACGCCUUAGCGAUAUGCAAAAAUUGACGCCCAUGAUUGACUGGUCUAGGUAUUUCCAUUCCACGGCGCCGUUUUCUGUCCAUAAAUAUUUUACAUCCGAUCCCGAAAUUCUGAUUGUAGAAAUCGAUUACAUGAGAAGGAUCACCGAGUUACUGCAGCUAACUGACCCACGGAUCAUCACCAACUACGUAUUCAUUCGAUUCACCUCCUCAUGGAGCGGAGAGCUCGGAGAGCGAUUUGAAGAUGUGGCACAGGUUGGGAAUUUUCCAGACCUAAUCUCCAAGCUGCCGCGGGUCAAGUGUCGGGCUCCAUAA